AUGUUAGGUCAGAAGUCAAGGUUGAAGAAGAAUCAGGUCUUGAUACUUUUCCUACUGGUAACAUACGAUUUCAUAUCGGUCUGCCAAUUCGAAUACUUCAACGCCCCACGUUCUUUAAAGAGUUAUUUAAACGAAAUCGGAUCCAUGCGACAUAGAAGAAAAACUGUCUACCCUCCGAACUGCUCACACCCAAACCAUCAGACACAUUAUGAUGAUGUUGCUAAAAAUUUUUGCAACAUUUUAUCAAAACAAAAUUUGAGUCAUAAGUACAAACUAUUAAGUGAAAAUUGUAAGAGUAAGACUCUUGAUCUUUAUAAAGAUUUUAUUUCUAAAAAUGUGAUUCUUUCCUGCACCUCACAGAAUAUAUACACAUUUUGGAAUAAUUGUUCUCCCCACUUCGUGCAUCAGAGUUUAUUAAAGUUAAAAUAUAACGACGAGUUAAAAAAGCCCAAUAGAAUGAAGAAGAAUCGUCCCGACAUAAAUGACGAGUAUGACCAGGUCUACAAUGACAAGGUCUACGACGAAUUCUACGAUGUGAAGAGACAGAUUGAUAAAAGAAAUGUUUGCUACGACAAAUGCUGUAAGCCAACAAUGUUCAACGAAAAGGAGGAGUCAGAUAAAUGUCAGACAUUUUUCAAAUGCUCUAUUUAUUAUACAGAAGAAAAGUGUUGCCCAUCUUGA